AAAAGAUCUACCGAGUCUUAAGCCCGUUACGUCCGAGUGAAGGAUAUAAAUAUGCCUUAUAAUUAAGUCUAAUACGGUAGCCUCAUGUCCAAAUCUUUGUUCCAUACUGCCACUACUUCCUAUCUUACCAUAUAAGUACUUCGAUAUAAAAGACUUUCACAAUGUCGUAUUCUAAGUGCUGCCUCAAGGGCUUUGAAUGGAGCGGAACCCCGAGCGGGAAGACCGGGAAGAUCGCUGAUAUCAACACCUAUAUCGCGGGUGACAACGCCGACGCUGCUGUACUGCUCAUCCACGAUGUCUUCGGCUGGACUUUUCCCAACUUGCGUCUGCUAGCGGACCACUUCGCUCGCGAGAUCAACGCGACAGUCUAUCUUCCCGACUUCUUCGGCGGCGAGGUCGUCGAGCCAACUCCCGCCAUCUUAUCCGGGGACUUCAGCGGUUUCGAUUUCGCAGGCUUUAUGGUGCGAAACUCACGCGAGGCCCGAGAGCCGGAGAUCUUCGCUGUCGCGAAGGCCCUGCGCCAGAAGUACAAGAAAAUUGGCGCCAUCGGCUACUGCUUCGGGGGGUGGGGUGUAUUCCGACUAGGCGCCAAAGAGCACAACCCCCCUCUGGUCGACUGCAUCUCAACUGGACAUCCAUCCCUAUUAACUAAGAAGGACAUCGAUGAGGUCGCGGUCCCCGUGCAACUUCUAGCUCCUGAGCACGACUUCAUGUAUUCCGAUGAGUUGAAGAGUUAUACAUUCGAAAAGAUUCCUAAGCUGGGAAUCGAGUUCGAUUAUCGACACUAUCCGCGCGUGGUGCAUGGCGCUCUUGUUCGCGGCAGCGAAAAGGAGCCUGGCGAGCUGUUGGCUAUGGUUAGGGCAAAGAAUGACGCCGUUAACUGGUUCAAACAAUUCUUACACGAGCCGUAGGUUGACAGUUUCGACUACGAUCAAGACUGAUAUCGCAAUUGGAUGUACAUAAGUACUGCUCUUAUGCUAGAGAGGUGAAGUUAAAUAAAAAUAACUUGUAUAAAC